CUGGAUGUCAGCCGCAGACAGCACAGCAGCCCCAGAUUCUGCUCCAGCAGCGCUACCCGCCAAGAGAGGUGCCCCCACGCUUCCGCCAGCAGGAGCACAAACAGCUGUUGAAGAGGGGCCAGCCUUUGCCCUCCGGGACUCUGCCUCUCACCACAACGGGACGUCCGGCCACUACUGAACCUGCAGCAGCAGUAGCCAUACUAUCUUCUCCCUCCUGCUCCUCUUCCUCCACAGCCAGCCUGCCUACAGGUCAGCCGAGACACUCUGUUGGCGAGUCACUAUCUCUUACUCCAUUUUUUAUUUUUUUUUUGCAAUCGGUUUUAAAGGGGAAUGCAAUUAAUGCAUAUUGGAAAAGUGUUUUCUUUACAUGUGGCAAAAGGGGUUGCUGUAAGAGAGUUGAAGGUUGUUGUGAAUCACUUUCAUUUGUUAUGUGACAUUACCUUUACUUAGAGUGGUGAGUGAAAUUCAGUAGCAAAUUGGGUAGUUUUAAGCUAGGAAAACUCUGUGCCCUUUUAUUGUCAUGUACGUUUUGUUAACUCACACUACAAACUUUACAACCCAUCCUGACAGCUGUUAGGCUUUUAUCAGCUACGCCCAAUAGUAGUCGUGUUUUGCAUAUACUGUCAUUGGCAUUCUUGAAUGACAGUGGCUUUAUCUACUUUUUGUAUGGCACUGUGAUUGUUACAGCGUGGUGUACCUGUAGAGCAGUGCAAAUGCACUUUCAUCACAGGUGCUACUGUUUAUUUUGACUCUGGCUGGGAAUUAGAAAUGGGGACAGAGGAAUACAGGGGUAGAUGAUGGAAAGUAAACGUGUGUGUGUGUGUGUGUGUGUGUGUGUGUGUGUGUGUGUGUGUGUGUGUGUGUGUGUGUGUGAGAUCCUUCCACAGUAAACCAGGUUCUUAUGUAGUUCCAAGAGGUAAAUGUCUAUUCGUUAUUAAUAAAGUAACAGUGCUCUUUGAAGGUGAUGAUGUUUAGAAUUCUUUUUAGGGCACUUGGCAUGUUUCAUUGUCUGGGAAGGAAGACAAAUUUUUACCAUGAGUAUGUCUGAGCUUUGUCCAAACCCUCUGAUGCUGUUUGAAUGCUGCUCUAUCUCCAUGACGAUGAGAUGUUUACCCUGUCCUCCUUUCUUUCUCCUCCUCCUCCCUCUCAUCAUCAUCCUCCCACUCUUCGUUGAGCAUUGCUGACCAGCCCUACAGUAUUUCUUGUUUUUGGAGGAGGAGCCAUAUGGAUCAAGCUAGUUGGCUGGUCGCCUCAGUGGGCCUGACCUGGCACUGAUAGAAAGACUGAGUGAGAAGGAAAGAAAGAAAGAAAGAAAGAAAGAAAGAAGGAGAGAGCGAGCAUGGCAGAGGUCCAGUACUGUGGGCUGAAGUGACUCAUGGCUUACGAACUGCCUCCACAGAGUGGCCAGGGAGCCCAGUAUGAUAAUCCCCUCUGGGGACACCUACCAGCCAACAGGAGUGCCACAAGUGCUGGAUCUUCAACCAGUCUCAGUUGCUGGGAUCAACUGAUCAUUGACCAGAAGAACACAGAGGCUUGGCCUUCUAUUACCCUCAGCCAGAGCCAAGCCCAUCCAGGAGGAUGCCCUUUGGACACUGACCCUGGUCACCUGACCAGCAGCAGCAGUAGUACUAGUAGUAGUUGUAGUACAGUGAGUAUGGCCACGGGGGCCAAUAGCCAGACAGGCCAUUUUCCUACCAACCACCUUAGCAGCAAGGCCAACAGUGGGCCCAGCCCUGCCAAUCAUACUGGAACCAGCAUGCUCAAUAGCCAGGCCAAUCGCAGCUGGGGCUCUGGGCCUGGACCCUCACAUUGCCCCCCUCAGUCCUCAGUGGGGAGUGAAGGGAAGAAUGAUGGCCCAGUGGGGGGAGGAGGCAGCAGGGGCUGGGGGGCUUCAUCAUCCUCCAGUACCAACUUUAACUUGAACCUAAACCCUAAUGCCAACCCUUCUGCCUGGCCCAUGUUGGGGCAUGAUGGUGGUGGCACAGGGGGAGGCAGCUCAGGGGGAGCCAACACCAUUUCACCUCCUCAACCUACACCCAACCUCUGUAAUCCGCCUGGCCCCCCACCAGCCCAGACCAGCACAUGUACCGGAGCCAACACUAACAGCAACUCUUCUGGGAUUGGCAGCGCCUGGGGUAACAUAAUGGCCUCUGACACAUCAGAGCCACACCGCUCCCCAGCCAUGAAUGUGUCUUUCAGUUCAGAACCUCAGAACCUUAAAACUGAUGGACCAAAUCACACUAAUAAGCAGGAACCCCCCAGCCCUAUCCGCAACUUGUCUGGCUGGGGUAGUUCACCUGUAGGCUUGGGUUCCAUGGGCCAGACCCCUCCAGGGGGCCCACAGGUCAAUGGAGAAGAUGGUAGCUCAGUAUGGGGUAACAGUGGUGACUCAAAGGCAUCUUCAUCUGAGGAGGCCCCAGGUUGGGACUCUGGCUGGGGCCUUGGAGGAGGCGGAGCAGGAAACUCUGGAGGCUGGGGUGACCAGUCUGGUGGAAACUGGGGGAAGCAGCGCACUGAGGAGGCCCAGGGAGGCUGGGAUGCCCCCACCUCUCCUCCCCAGGAAACACAGGAUAGUCCUUGGAGCAGAGCUGUGAACAAAGCUGGUGCAAGUGAAGGGAGCAGUGACAGCAUGGAAGGACAUCCCAAGCAAAGAGACCCCCCAUCCAGAGAUAAUCCAGCUCCUCUGCUACCUGCCCAGGAUCUGGACCCCAGGGUGUUGUGUAACACUGGCUGGGGACAGACCCCUGUUCGCCAGCACACCUCCUGGGACAUGGACAAUACUAAACACAAGAAUGAUGCAGCCGCUGAAUCAUGGGGCUCUGGCCCAACCACUCCAAGCGAUGCCCAAGGGCCCUCCAACAGUAACAUGGUCCCCUCUCAGAGGACUGACCCUGGGAGCAAAAAUGAUGUGCCUGGUUCUCAGGGAUCUUCAGGUUGGGGUGGAAGCAUAACUGCCAACAACCAGCCUAGCUCUGGUUGGGGAGAACCACCCAACAACAUUAAGCCCCCAGGUGGCCCUGGUGGCUGGGGGAAUCCUCCAACAGGAGGCCCCACCACCAGUAUACCCAAGAAUGGGGCUCAAUCCUGGGGAGAGGAAAAGUCAACUGGGUGGGAUGAUUCUCGCAACAAGGCAACAUCCCAGAGCUGGGGAGAGCAACCCAAGGCAUCCCGCAGCUGGGGCAAUAGUGGAGGGAGCAAUAAUGCAGGGGACUGGAGAGAACCAGAAGAGAGCAAAAAAAGUCCCACCAACCCAGGGUGGGAGGGAGAAGCAGGAGGCUGGAAGGAAAACCCACGAGGCUGGUCUUCUUCAGGACCUGGGAUACCUGCAGCUGGAGGAAAUGGGGGCUGGGGAGAGCCAGUGAGUCAACGUCCCAGUGGCCCUCCCCAAGGUUGGGGGGGCAAGCCUCAGGAUGGGCCCAGUGGUAGUAGUGGGGGAGGGAGCAUAGGCUCUUGGAUUGGAUCAGGCUCAGUGAAGCAGGGUGGAAGCUGGAGUGGCAGUAAGAAGGAGUCCUCAGCUGAGCCUACAGGCUGGGAAGAGCCCUCCCCACCUUCAAUCCGACGUAAAAUGGAGAUAGAUGAUGGGACCUCAGCUUGGGGUGACCCUGUUACCUACAGCAAGUCAGUCAACCUGUGGGACAGGAACAAUCCAGGGAUGUCACAGGCUAAAGUUACCACUGGAGGCAAUAACCCCCCAGGCCCCAACACCAACAACAACAACCAUCCCCACUCUCACAGUCACCCCUAUCACGGGCCGCCUGCACCUUUACAGAACCACACCCAAAACUCCCAAAACCCAGGGCCCACCAGUGGGCCCAUGGAUCCUGUUGUCCAACACCAGUCUGGACCAUCUCACAACAGGGGCCCCCUGAUAGCUCAAGGUUGGGGAGACAUACCUAGCUCCCACACAAAAUCAGAGCGCUCUUGGGGGGAAGCUGCACCCGCUCCGGUCAGCGUUGACAAUGGGACGUCUGCCUGGAGCAAAUCUACCGGGAGCUGGGGAGACCCAGACAGCUAUGGCAGAGGCAACCCUACAGUGACGUCUGCAUCUUGCAAACCUGCCCCCAAACCUAUGCAAGACGGAUGGGGAGGUGGAGGUGAAGAGCUGAACUUGUCGGGGGGUCAGUGGGAUGCUGAGGAGGGAGACAUGUGGAACAAUGCUGCCUCCCAGGAGAGCAACUCCUCCUGUAACUCUUGGGGCAAUGCAUCUAAAAAGGGCCCACAGAAGCUCUCCCAGGGAAAGGUCCCAGGAAAGCAAGAAGAUGCCUGGAUCAUGAAUCGUCUCAUCAAACAGCUGACAGACAUGGGCUUCCCUAGGGACCCAGCAGAGGAGGCUUUGAAGAGCAACAACAUGAGCCUAGACCAGGCCAUGAGUGCCCUGCUCGAGAAGAAGACAGAGAUGGACAAGCGGGGGAUGGGGAUAGCCGGCCACGACUACAACAACGGGCUCAUCAACAAGCCCAUGAGCUGCCCUCGGCCUCCGCUUCUUUCCAAAGACCCCUCGUCAGAUCCCCGCUUGCCCUUCAUGGAUAAGCAGAUGCAGAGUGGAAUGUUUGGCAGUGGUGGAGCAGUACAAGCCCGGGCCAUGCAGCAUCCGCAGCCGCCUCCUCACCCGUCAGUGCCGCCUCUCAGUUCCUCUCAGCCUAGUCUACGGGCUCAAGUGCCUCAGUUUCUCUCCCCUCAGGUUCAAGCACAGCUCUUACAGUUUGCAGCAAAAAACAUUGGUCUGAAUCCUGCACUUUUAACCUCACCAAUAAACCCUCAACAUAUGACCCUUCUGAAUCAACUUUACCAGCUGCAACUGGCAUACCAGCGUUUACAAAUUCAGCAGCAGAUGUUGCAGGCGCAGCGCAACGUUUCUGGCCCCAUUCGACAACAAGAGCAGCAAGUUGCACGUACAAUCAAUAACAUGCAGCAGCAGAUCCAACAGCACCAGCGUCAGCUGGCCCAGGCCCUGCUGAUGAAACAGCAGCAACAGCAGCUGCCCCCCUCCCACUCGGGCCUGCAUCAUGGCGGGUCCAAAUCCACCCUGGAUUCAUUUCCAGGUCACCCCCAGGCUCCUGGCCUCCCUGACCUGCAGACCAAAGAGCCGCAGUCAUCUCCCAACACCUACAGUCCCUACUCUCUCUCUGGACUGAAUCCAAACAUGAAUGUAAACUGCAUGGAGGUGGGAAGUCUGUCUAUGAAGGAACCCCCCCAGCCUCAAUCGCGCCUGUCGCAGUGGACGCAUCCCAACUCCAUGGAAAGCCUCUCUGGAAGCUCCUCUCCUCUAGAGCCCAACCUGGGCAAGCAUGGUGCCAACCUGGGCCUCCCUGGUAAGCCCCCUCAGCUGGAGGACUCUUACAGCCCCUACAACAUAAUGUCCAGCUCAGAGUCUCCUACCAGCCCCCUUGUCACCCCAGACAGCUGGGGACAGGGCAAGACCAGCAAUGACAAGAUGGCCAAUGGGACCAAUAUCAACUGGCCACCAGAGUUCUGCCCCGGUGUGCCCUGGAAGGGUCUCCAGAAUAUUGACCCUGAGACUGACCCUAACGUGACCCCAGGCAGUGUCCCCAGCGGGCCCACCAUCAACACCAACAUCCAAGACGUCAACCGCUACCUGCUGCGGGACAGGAGUGGAGGCUCCUCUCCCACUUCAUCUCAGAACGAGGCUCUGCCUCCCUCCACUGAUUGGCCAGUCAGUGCCUACACUAGCUCAUUCAGUCUGUCGUCCCCGGAGACGGACGAUGCAGGUAAACUGUCAGAGAUGAAAUCUACUUGGUCUCCAGGCCCCAUUUCUCACAACCAGGGCUCUCUGUCCCACGAGCUGUGGAAGGUCCCCCAGGGCCCCCGGAGCAGCAACACAGCCCCUUCCCGACCCCCACCUGGCCUCACCAACACCAAGCCUUCAACCUGGGGGGGCAACUCCCUGGGUCUGGCCCAAGGCUGGAGCAGCUCUUACACCUCAGCAGGAACCACGUGGAGUACAGACAGCUCCACCAGGACCAGUAGCUGGCUGGUUCUGAGGAACCUCACUCCACAGAUUGACGGUUCAACUCUGCGUACACUGUGCAUGCAACAUGGCCCCCUCAUCACAUUCCACCUCAACCUGACGCAGGGCAACGCUGUGGUGCGCUACAGCUCCAAGGAUGAAGCUGCCAAGGCUCAGAAGUCCCUGCACAUGUGCGUGCUCGGGAACACCACCAUCCUAGCAGAGUUUGCUGGGGAAGAGGAAGUGAACCGCUUCUUUGCACAGGGCCAGUCACUUGGCGGAACAACCAGCUGGCAGGCCACUCCAGGCACCAAUCAGACAAGGAUGGGUGGGUCGGGAUCCGGAGCCUCCCAUCCCAUCGGUCACUCACCCCACUGGAACAACAACAACGGCAGCAGCAGCAAUAGCGGUGGCCUGGGAACAGGUGGAGCAAAGACGGGCGGAGAGUUGCUGUGGGGUGGUGUGCAGCAGUAUUCCAGCCUGUGGGGACCCCCAAGUGGAGAGGAGGGACGGGUCAUGGGGAGUCCCACCCAAAUCAAUACGCUUCUGCCUGGGGACCUGCUGAGUGGGGAGUCCAUGUAGGACGGAAGAGCCCAGGCUUAACAAACACCAAUAGGAGCAAAAAAUCUUGCAAAUCAUUGUGGAGAUAAUCAGUGUGGCUGUAACGGUGACAAGAACAGACGAGAGGAGGGCGAGGCUACAUCCUCGCUGCUCACCCUCGCCAACCUCCUCUACUCCUUUUUAGUUUUUUAAUGACAUUUCAGUUGCAGUUCUUUUGUGAAUCUCAGUGAGAGAUUUUGGUCACAGUGUUUAACUUUUACUUUUGGAGACACAGAAAGAAGUCUUUCAUUCAAGAAAAAAAGAGAACUUUUUACAGAAAUAAACUUUUGGGAACUCGCCGUGUGAAACGUAGUUUAGUUCAAACUGACACGAUGAGCUGCCAUCUUUAAACUUGCUUAAUCCCUCUCUGCCUUUUUAGGCAAUCAUACUGCACCUCAGAGAUCCAUGAAAAGGCAUCAUUCCCAAAGUAAAACCCUUCAAUCAGAGUGGUUGUCAAACUUUCAGCUGGUCCAGACUCAACAUUUGUUUCUCUCAGCACUAAUAUUAGCCUUAACCUCUUUCCUGCCCUGCUAUCCUCACUCACUCUGUACUUGGUGAAGAAGCAUACGGACACUUGCACACCCUUAUUUCUGAGCCAGUAAAACCUGAGUGGAGAGUACAUGCUGUGGCUCAACGUAAGCAACCACAGCUCACAACUUCAGUGCAUUUUUGCAAGCAGAUUGAGUUCCCCACACAAUGCUCAAAGGGAAUGAUGCAACUCUAUUCACCGUGUUCAAGCCAUUUAUUUUUGUAGUGUUUUUUGUUUUGUUUUUUUUUCUUCUUAAACCAUUGCAAACAAAGCUAGGAAAUGAUAUCAUUCAAAUGUGUAUGUCAAUCUUACCUGGCUAAGAUUUGGGGGUCGUCACAUGUACAGUUAUGGACGUGAUAGACGACAAAAUGAACCACUGCUAUUAUUAAGGAGCUGUAAAGACAAACCCUUCAAUGCACCUCAACUCAUCUGCGGGCAACUCGCAGUUUGGUCUCGGACACUCUCACUGAUGUUGUGGAAAACCUCAAGUCGUAAAUGUUUCCCACUGGUCUGUGUUUCCACCAUUUCAAGUGACGUGCAAUAUAAGCCACAGACUCUACCGUCCAAGCACCCUACUAUGACCUCUCACAGAAAGAGAGGAGACUGUAAGGAAUGAGUGAACUGCAAAAACGCUAUCUACUCUACACCCCCCCCCACCCUAAAACUGCCACUACUACCCUUCAUCUCCCCCCCAAGAGUGUGUGAGCUCAGGAGAGGAGCAAGCUGGUCUUCAACCACCUUCUGUCCAAGAUACAAGGACGUACCCACAAAGCACUUCUUCAGCCAGCCUACUCUCCACACUUAUGCCAGUGACUAGUUUUGGGGAAGAUGGAGGGACAGGUGUGUGUGUUUCUGUGUAUGUGUGUGUAUGUGUGUGCUUAGGGAGAAGGCAUCAAACCAAAAUGAGGAGCCUGUUUUCCUUUUUACCCAGAUGACCUUUUUUUCUUUUUGCCCAAAUUUGUGUUGGUAGAAAGGUUUGAAGCAAAGAUUUUUUUGAAUAGGUGGUCUAUCAUAGCACUUAGCAGGAGCGUCGCAGCUCGUUAUACCCUUAAUGCCAACGAAUAGAAGAAAAGUGAAGCAACACUGGCAAAAAAAAACCUUAAAAAACAAAGACUAAAAAGCAAUCUGCUUAGUGGCUUCUAUAUAUACUUAUUUUUUAACUUGACAUGGAUGUGAAGAUUUUUGUUUUUUUCAAUCCUUCUUCCCUCAAGUCGGUGGGACCAGGAAGGAUGUCAAACAUGGUAGCAAAGUGAAGGGAAAUGCAAAGAAAGAACUAACUCAACUGAUGAUGGGUGUGGCACCUUAAAGCACUCACCCUCUUUAUCAAAGUAAAUAUCACUGUUACAUUGCAUACUUUGAAAUCUUUAGCCUUGGUGUCUGGAAACACUCAACGUGUUUAUGUUCUACUGGAUCCAGCAGGGAGGAUCGCUAUCUUCUUUGUCCUUUUUUUUUUUUUUGUCUUUUUUCUAUUGGAGGUCCUGCCAACCUGUGUGAUAGUGUGGCCACUGAGUGCCUGCCUGCUGCAGAGUGCUCUGCAGCAGCCCUCAACCCCACCCUCCCUCCCACCCACUCGCUGCCUCCCUGCGGAUCCCUACAGACUGGCUUCCCUCCUCUUCCACCCCUGGCCUCCAGGCCAAGAGCAGCUCUUUCAGAACUGGCCCCCCUGUAUUAAAUUUACUACUACUGCUGCGCCAGAGUCUGUCCUCAGCAACCUCCAACUCUCUCUUUGUCUCUCUCCUGCAAGGAUCACUUUAGCCAGAGAUGGGGGCGUUUGAUGUUUUUUUUUUUUUUUUUUUUUUUUUUUUAAUUUUAUUUUCUUGGUUUCACUUUUGGAAUUGCCAGUGUGCAUUUUUAUUUGAUUGUUGUCAUGGAGUUUGCUGAUAUUGUUGCUGUUAUCAUUGAUGAUAUAGAUAAUGAUUGUUUUCUGAUAAUGAUUUCAUGGCUUUUUAAUAUUGGUCUUUAUGCAGUGUUCAGCUUCUCUCCUGCCCCUCCCACUGCCUCUGAGGCACACGCAGUGUGUAGUGUAGAGGUACGCCUCAGCUGACAGCAAGGCCAUACGAAACACUGCAGAUGUCAGUAGAAAAGCCUGGUGGGGGAGUUCUUGUUGCUUGCUUGUUGGAGUCAGACAGAAGAGUCAAAUCAAGUGGAAAAGGUUGUGUAGUCAAAGGUUCUCCAGGAUAGUGAGCCAACUUCCUCUGCCCAUCCUGGAGCACCUCCACUCUUUGUUGUCUCAUAACACACACAUCCUUUAGUGUUGAUGGGACUCACUCACACUGGUGCUUUAUGUUUAACUCUGGGAGCACUCAGUUACACUUAGAACCACCUCAACUGAUAACAGCCUUCCAUUUCUAUGCAAAGACAAGGAUGUGUUUGUUCACAGCCAUCUAGAAAAUCACAGCCAUUCCCCCACCCACAUCUGCCAAUCUUCACUUUUCUCUCAACCUUUACCACCAGGCAGCUUCCCUUGAAACCCCCCCUGGAUAAAAUAUAAGGGACACUGAAAGAGCCUCUUCAACGGUUUAGUCUCCCACUGUGUGGACAGAGCUACUAGAUAACACUAAAUGACCUGCUGGAGGCACUAGUGGUUGGCAAACAGAGUAACUUCUUCAGUCUUGUGCCAACUGAUCUGCAAAUAUCUACUUCCACCUUGCCAUAUCCUAAUUUAUCUUUAGUGUGAUGAUACUUAGGUUUACUUUUUUUAUUGCUACAGGGGCGUACACCACAAGCUCCAGUUGUAGGAGGCUUGAGGAGUAGACGGGCAGGACAGAUGAAUGGUGCUGGUCUUUCACCAACAGUGGACUGGAAAUUUAGUGGAGAACCUGGCUGUGGAAAUUGGGGCGGGGGGUGUUGGUGUUUAUGGGUCACAUCGGGUACAUCUCUUUCAAACCAAAAACAUCUUUUUCUUUAUCAUCAAGGUUUUUGCAAAAACUAGAAACUACAAAAAAAAAAAAAAAAGUCUGUUUAGCUGUGCACUCCAAGGCUGAGAUGCUUGUGUGUUGUGUCUCUGCAAGCUGCCACCUUCUCACCCCGUCUGGGCUCGCUCUCCGGGUCACAUGUGGGGAAGCUGUAUCCAGGUGGUUCAUUUUGGACCCCCAAACGGAAGGCCGCGCAGGCAGAAAUACAACAGGUCAUUUCUGCUUAUCUGGCUUUGAGGUCAGGGUCCAAGCAGUUCCCCGGCGUUGUCUGCAGAAAUAGAGACACACCUCAAGUAUGGUACCAAGUCUUAAAACGUAAGGGAUUUGCCCUCUUCCAGAGUCGCUUUAGACUCCCAUCAUUCAACAAAACAAUCACUAUUGCCUGUGUUGUCUGUCUGUGUGUUUGUUUGUUCCUGAAAACCUGCAUUUACUCCACACUGGACUUGAAUCAAGCAACUGGCGUUGGAAGUGGGGAGUCCAAUAGAGUGGGAGGAUGGGUUACUGGGACGGAGGUCGAGUCUCAGAUGUGCCCUGGAUUUUUUUUGGCGCAGCACCAGCACUGAGAGCCCCGCCCCCUCCCACACCCCUCGCCUGCACUCUUAUCUACCUGUCUAGUGUUGGAAAUCAGACGCUCUCCCUUUUUUUUAAAGUCGCACGGACUCAAAGGCAACUGGAGCUCGAGCAAAAUAUGCUUCUCAAUCAUGGAUCAGACAGGGGUCUGGGGGGCCCCAAAAAGAGUUGAAGUAGCAAAUCACUCUUUAAAAAAAAAAAAACAAAGGCCUGGGUUGAAUAUGCACAUGCUAGUUCAUAUACAGUAUACAACCAAUAGUACAUAAUGGUUGUAUGUGUGUUUAUGGCUAGAUCUCUCUGUUUUCCACUUAGCCUAAGCCCCCCCUAACCCCGCCCUGGCUUUGGCCCUGUGUAUCCUCCUCAACAUUAUAUUUCCCAGAAGGCAAGAUCAUAAACAUAUCAGAGUAAUACAAAAUAAUGAAAAUAAAUACUUGAAUCAAAAGAAGCGCCAAUAAUGUAAUGUGAACACUUUUUGUAGUGGUUUUUUUGUCUCAUUCAUACACUUCAGAGAUUUUUGAUAGCAUCGGUUCAGAGUGAAUUAAAUUUGAAAUACGAGUGUUGUUGAAAACAAAGAUCAAUAUAAAGGCAAAUUUACAUCUGUUGUAUUUGAGUGUUUGCACAAGGCUGCUUGUACUGUAUGUUGUAUGAAUGAAUGUUUAGUGUGUACGGUGGAAAAUAUGAACGAGAGCUCGUGAUUACAGCGGAAAAAAAAGUCCGCCUUGUUUCUUUUCAAUUUAGUAUACUUUUGUUGUUGAUUUGUUUUUCUGUUGUUUUGCUUGUCAAAAAUAUACUCUGAUGUUAAUUGUUACUAGCCUCUAGCGUUGCACUGAGUGUCGGCCUCACCCCUCAUCCAGCUAAACAAACAACAUGAUACAAGUACUGAGGGGAGACGGGGACAGUUCAUGUGUAAAUGUUUACUCAAGGACUAAAAUAAGUGUGUUUUUAAAAUGUAAUGUUUAUCUACCUUAGUGGCUUCUAUUGUGGAAUAAUCCAAGAAAGUAUGGAUCAUAAUUGAGUAUUGCACCAUUUUUCGGACUACAAACCUGUGGGGGAAAAAAAACAAGAAAACUGAAGAAGAAAAAAAAAUCACAUAUGUAUAAAACAAAUGCCGCAAAAAAAAGUAUUUUGCAGACCCGUGGCCAUAGAUUGGGGUAGAAGGACUUCAGCUCUCCAAAAUCUGAGCAACGGAGAGAGUGAAGGACGAGACAUCAGACUGAGCCUUGGCUUCUACGGCUCACUUCAGAGGUGCCUACCUUUUUGGUUUGUUAGCUUUCGUUCUGUUUUCACUUAUGUUCCAUUCACUCAUGUUAUUAUUUGUUUUCCUGCAAGGCCACUGAUGGUUUACAAACACUUUGUUUUUUUUCUGGAGUUCAAAACUAAAUCAGCAACACAAAGGAAUUAAACCAUGGGAAUGUUGGAAAAAUUAAAAAUAAAAAAAAAAAAAAAAAAAAAAAGGACAAAAUGCUUCCAUUAAAAAAAACACACACAACACUUUAAAGAAUGAAGAUUUAUUGUGCUACUUUCAGAACUCUGGGAUUGAACAGUGUUGUCUUGUUCUGUUUAACCUUCUUUGUUCUGUGUUAAUGUUGAUUUCAUGGACUAUCUGAAGCCUGUAUGUUUUGUGUUGAUUAUAUAUAUUUUUCCUUUAUAUAAAAAAAAAAAAAAGAAAAGAAAAAAAGACAUAAUUGCUCACUAUCUUGCACACACACGGAAAAGUGGAUCUUGUCUCAGGAAGGCCAGGGUUCCAGAGUACCAACUCCACGCCAUUUUAAUGUACAUUUUUAUGAUUAUGAGU